UCUCAGCCCGCGCAGCAGCAUGGGCGAUGAGGAUGAGAACCCCAUGAAGGCGCUCAAGAUUGAGAAGCUGAUCCUCAACAUCUCGGUGGGUGAGUCUGGCGAUCGCCUCACCCGCGCCUCCAAGGUGCUCGAGGACCUGAGCGGCCAGCAGCCUGUCUUCUCGAAAGCGCGCUACACCGUGCGCACCUUCGGCAUCCGGAGGAACGAGAAGAUUGCGUGCCACGUGACCAUCCGCGGCGAAAAGGCGGAGGAGCUGUUGGAGCGCGGCCUCAAGGUGAAGGAGUACGAGCUGCGGAAGAAGAAUUUCUCGCAGACGGGCAACUUUGGCUUUGGCAUCAUGGAGCACAUCGACCUCGGGCUCAAGUACAACCCCAGCACUGGCAUCUAUGGCAUGGACUUUUACGUCGUGAUGAAGCGGGCGGGCGGCGGUCGCGUUGCGAAGCGGCGCGCCAAGCGCACCAAGAUUGGCUUCCAGCACAAGUGCACCAAGGCGGAGACGCAGAAGUGGUUUGUCGACAAGUACGAGGGCAUCCUCACCAACUGAGCAGGCCGGGCCAGACAUCAUUAUAACGGUAGAGCGGUGGAUUUGGUGGUUGGAGUCGCCCCGCGGGCGUGCGCUGGGGGCAUGAAGAGGUACCGGUUUAUGUCAGACUCGCCCAUAUUUUUU